AUGACAAGCAAUACAGGUAUGCUACCAUUAACACCUGGUUUAGGACCAUUGGCACCAUCAAUUUAUGCAUCAAAUACAAAUAAUAAAGUUUUAAUAAUUGAUAAUGGUGGUCAUACAUUAAAAAUUGCAACAAAUAAUCCAUCUCAACCUCAUAUUAUUGUACCAAAUCAAGUUGGUAAAGUUAAAAAUGAAAAACAUCAAAUAAUGGGUGAAGAAUUAAUAAAUUAUAAUGAUCCAUCAGAAGUUAGGAGUAGGAAUCCAAUGGAGAAAGGGUAUAUAACAAAUUGGGGUUUAGAGAAAGAGAUAUGGGAUUAUGCAUUUAAAAGAGACGAUAUGAAAAUUAAACCACAAGAUUACAAUUUACUAUUAACAGAAGCACCAAAUUCAUUAGACGAUUUAAGGAAAACAAUGUAUGAAGUGGUUUACGAACAAUAUAAAUUCAAAUCACUAUAUUUAACCACUUCAUCAACGUUGGGCCUAGUUCAUAUUAAACAGCAGCUAUUGCAAUACCAACAACAGCAACACCAACCACCACUAGAUGCAUCAAUGAUAUCACUAUUGAAAUCACCUUGUCAUUUAGUGGUUGAUUGUGGUUACUCUUCAACUCAUAUAAUACCACAUUUUCAAAAUACUAGAUUGAAUUAUGCCAUAAAAAGAUUCAAUAUCGGUGGUAAACUUUUAACAAAUUAUCUUAAAGAAAUCGUCUCCUUUAGAUAUUGGGAUAUGAUGCAUGAAACAAAACUUAUGAAUACAAUAAAAGAAAAAACUUGUUUCAUUUCAAAAGAUUUCAUUUUUGAUAUAAAACGUUCUCAAAUUGAUAAAUUAAAUUCAAAUUUAAAAAUUGAUUAUGUUUUACCAAAUUAUAAUGAUCCAAAUAAUAAAACUGGUUAUAUAAAAGAAAAUUUAAAUAAUAAUAAUAAUAAUAAUGAUAAAAAUGAUAAAUUAAAUGUAAAUAUUGAAAAAGAUAAAGAUAAUAAUGAUAUUAAAUCAAAAGAGGAAGGAGAAGAAAUAAAAUUAAAUGAUGAAAUUAAAAAAGAUUCAACAACAACAACAAAUACAACCAAAGAAGAAGAUAUGGAACAAGUUUUAUCAUUGGUUAAUGAAAGAUUUACAGUACCAGAAUUAUUAUUUAAUCCAUCAGAUAUUGGAAUGAAUCAAGCUGGUUUAGCUGAAUCAAUAGUUCAAUCUAUUAAUUGUACAAAUUCAAAUUUACAUAUACCACUUUAUUCAAAUAUUAUUCUUUUAGGUGGUUCAACACUUUUCCCAGGUUUAAAAGAAAGAUUAGAAUUAGAAUUAAGAAAAUUAGCUCCUGAACAAUACAAUAUAAAUAUAUUUCAACCACAAGAUCCAAUUUUAUCACCAUUAUAUGGUGGUAUUAGAUUAGCACAACAACCAGAUUAUUUAAAAUAUUCAAUUUCAAAACAAGACUAUGAAGAAUAUGGUUAUAAUUAUUGUAAUAAAAAGUUUUUUUAA